GACUUUGAUGCGUCCGUACGAAAAUGGAGCUCUGCACCAGGUCAACCACCGUCAUCACUCAUCUCCCUUGGACCAUCAACGGCCAUGGAUAUCUAGCGGGGAAAUCUGUUCAUAGAAUCUCACUACUUCCUCUCCAUCGAAACGUUGCGUCUCUCGUUCUUCAAUCCCGCACGUUGCGUUGUAGUAGAAAGUUUCCAGGAGAAACAGUUUCUGAAGAAACAUCAACAGGAGUCAAUGAGUUUGGUCUGGAGGAUCGUGAUGGAGUAGUAGUUGCAGUCGAAGAGAAAACUUCGGAUAGUGAAGCUCCUCAAGCUGAAGAUGACCAAACUCAAGCCCUAGAGUUCUUGAACGAUAUUAAGCUGGACUCAGACAAGACGUAUUCAAUCUUGCUCUAUGGGAGCGGUGCAAUAGUUGCUCUCUACUUAACUUCUGCAAUCGUCAGUUCACUCGAAGCAAUCCCUCUGUUUCCUAAGCUAAUGGAAGUGGUUGGUCUCGGAUACACACUCUGGUUCACUACCCGUUAUCUGCUAUUUAAGAGGAACAGAGAAGAACUCAAGACAAAAGUUAGUGAAAUCAAAAAGCAGGUUCUUGGGUCUGAUAGUGAGUGAGUAGUUUUGCUAUUUUAUUUUAUUUUAUUUCGCUUGUAGAAAUUGUUCCCCACAAGUUUUUUCUUCCACUGGGUUUUCAGAAAACAAUUUUAUGUCUUUGGGUAGUUUUUUUGGCAGUGUGGAGAGAGAAUCUUUUGAUGAUUGGAUUUUAGAAAUGUUCCAAGUAACUUAAAUUAGAUGCUAUGUAUGUGUAUUUUCCAAUGUUCAGACUAAAAACGUCAGAAGUAC